AUGGCCCCGCUUCGACAACUUUAUACCGCCACGGCGCGCUCCGCACGGCCCCUGUCCUCGUCCUCGACCUUGGCCUCGACCUCGAGCCUCCUCCGAGCGUUCUCCACUUCUUCGACAGCCUUCACUUCGGAAGAAUCCGCACCUCCCAAGGUCCCCAUCGCACUCAUUUCUGAAAUCCGAUCCCUUCGACCUGGAACACCACUUUCUCUCGCUCGAUCGGCGCUCACCGCCUCGGCGCUGGACGUUCCUAAAGCGCUCGAGUGGAUCGUCGAACAGACCAACCUCAAGGGAGGCGCCAAAGUCGAAAAACUCUCUUCUCGAUCGACCCCUCAAGGAUUGGUCGGAAUCGUCGAAUACCAUACGGGGUUGGAGAAGAGCUUGGGCAAGACGGGAGGCGUGAGGGUCGGGAUGGUCGAGAUCAAUUGCGAGACCGACUUUGUGGCGCGGACGGACGAGUUCAAGGAAUUGGUCAGGAGGGUCGUGGAGAGCAUGGGCUUCUUUGCUGAAGCGGCUGAGAGGGGAGGGAAGGUUGGUUUCAGGGAAUGGUCGUGGGAAGAGGUCAAGGAGGUGCCUUUGAUCCCCGAGUUUGAGGCACAGACGGCGUCGACGAGCUCGGCGGGGGAGACGAUUUCUUCUUUGAUCACGUCGUCGGUCUCGAGGCUGGGUGAGAAUAUCACCCUUUCGAGGUGUGCGACGUUGGUAAUCGAUCCUACCGGGACUUCGAGCGGGUGCUGCUCGGCUACGACACCGUCCACUUCUUCGGCCUCGAAAUCACCGAGCGUCUACUUUACUUCGAGCUAUCUCCAUGGAUCGAACGAUGCUACGCCCACAUUUGGCUCUGCCCCUACCCUCUUCAAAAGUGGCACACUCGCCUCCUUGCUGCUGCACCGCUUCGAGCCAUCUACGACGCCGACGGUGACGGUGACGGUGACGAACCAAGACCUACUCAAACUCGCCCGACAACUCGCCCGACAAGUCGUCGCGAUGCCGACCUCCUCGGCCCAACCUACAGCCGCCUCAGCGGCCCAUACCUUAGCAGAAGGCGAGCCGAGUCAAGUACUGUACGAGCAACCGAGUUUGACGAUCGUGCCGAAUGCGCAAGAAGGGUUGAACUUUGUGCCUGGGGAGGCGAAGGUCGGGGAGGUGUUGGAAUUGUGGAAGGGGGGGAAAGGGGUCGGGUUCGAGGUGGUAGACUUGUUGAGGUGGACUGUUGGGGAAAAGUCGACUUAG